UAUGCACAAUGUCAGAAACCAUAGCCUCAUUGAAUAUAUAACAACAUGUUGAAGUUUGUUAUUAUUUAUUUAUAUUUAAUAUUACCGAAAGUUGUGUGUCUUUUCACUAAAAUUAAAAAGUAUACCAUUUAUGAGGUGACGGCUUUUAAUGCAAGAGAACGAGCACUUUUAUAUUAUAUGUAUAUAAGAAAUGAUAAUGUGAUAUUUUUGAAUGGAGUUUCCAAUGAAGCAGGUGUACCAAUGGAUAUAGUUGUUGAUGCAUGCUGUACAAAAACAUUUGAAGAAAAGUUGAAAGAUAAUGAUAUAGAAUACAUAAUAAUACCUCCUGAAAAAUUGAUCCCAAAUAUAAAGGAUAUCAUUAUUGAACAGGACUCCCCUUUCACCCGUAUGCCAAAUGUAUCAAAUGGAUUUUAUACAUGGGAUUCACUAAAUAUAUGGAUGGACAUAAAAAUUAGAAAGAAUCCAAUUUUGACUAAGAUCAAAAUUGCUAAAACUUAUUUAAGUCGAGAACUUUCUAUACUAAAACUAUCAACAGGAAGAAAGCAUACUGCAGUAUUUUUGUUGGGAGGAGAAGAUGGAAAGGACUGGUUGUCACCAGCAAUAUUACUAAACUUUAUUGAAUAUAUCUUAGAACAAAAGCAAGAUGUUGAUUCACUUACAAAACAUUAUGACUUUUAUAUUGUCCCAAUACUGAACCCUGAUGGAUAUGAUUUUAACAUAAAAAAGGACUGGUCUUGGGGAAGAAACAGAAGAAUUUAUUUUCCCAAAAAAAUGUGUAAUAGAAACCAAUCAGCCAUUGGCAUAAACUUGAACAGGAAUUGGUUUAGCAGCAGAGAUUUCAUUCGAGAUGAAGAAUGUGAUCCAGUUUACUCAGGUGGUAAAUCACUGUCUGAGGAAGAAACUUCAAACUUAGCAAAGUUUUUGGAUAAAAUUGCACUGAACAUGAUGGUAUUCAUUAAUAUACAAGGUUUUGAAAAACUGAUAACAAUACCAUUUGGAUGGACCAAUGUUUAUUGUAAUAAUUACCCCAUUCUGAUGGAUAUACUGUCAUCAGUGCAUGACAGAGUAAUGGAAGAGCAUGAAAAUGGUGAUUUCUUUUAUGGUCCUACCUGUAGUUACUUUUAUAAUUACACUGGUAAUAUUGCUGACUGGGUUAAAAGGAAAUUCAACACACCAGUGGUAUUUACCAUCUACAUGAAGACUAGCGGUUACAUAUUUCCGAGUGCAAAGGAUAUAGUACCACUGACUAAUCAGUUUUCAACUAUGUUAAAAGAGACAUUGAUGUUAGCCAGCAGCGUUUACAGUCCAUUAUUUAGUACUCAGAUCAGAAACUCUAUAAAUUACUUAGUUAUUUUAAUAAUUCCUGUUACAAAUUUAUUUUUUUCAUGGAGUACAUAAAUACUCAAUAAAGAAUAUCCAUUUAUCCUAA